AUGGGCAAGACGCGCCUGAUUAACCACGCUGAAGUCGAUGCUAUCAAGCCACUCCUCCGAGCUUACGCACUGGGAUACAUCUCUGUGACAGGGCCUAGGCUCUUCGGCUUCCUGAGAAGCCUGAGAAAGCAGGAUGUCUCUGCUCAGGAGAAGAUAUCCUUACUUUAUAACAUUCUCAAGACUUCCACUCAACUCAACCGCUUCCCGACCGCCGCUGCGAUCAUCAUCGGCGGAGCGACAGCCCUCCCUCGCCUUGUCCGGACCAUCCUUCAAUGGAUUCUCUCCCUAAGAACCCAGAGAGGAGCCCGAGACUCCAGCAACAGGUUCUCCAAGCACAUCAAUUUCAUUUGCUCUUUCUUGUCGGCAUGGUUGGCGUUUGACCUGCUCAAUCGUGAUGAGAGUUGGGUACGCAAGCGCGCCAAAUCCCGCUCAUCCCACACAUCCGAUGUCAGCAAUCUGGAGUCGCCAAAUCAGCACCACCUACCUCCGCCGUCGUAUCACCCACAUUAUGCUGGCAAGACCAUCGACUUUACCCUGUUCGCCUUCUGCCGAGCUCUCGACGUAGCAGUUAUCACCUUGUGGACACGAAAUCGGUCCAAAUCAUGGCACCCAGAGCAGGAGAACCACAGAUUUGCAAACAGCAUCCGCAAAAUGGCAGACCCCACGAUAUUUGCAAUGUCUGCCGCCAUCAUCAUGUGGUCAUGGUUCUAUUCUCCCGAGCGACUCCCUCGAGCGUACAACCAGUGGAUCUCGAAGGCUGCCAACAUCGAUUCUCGACUCAUCCAAGCUCUCCGAUUGGCUCGACGAGGAGAAUUUGUGUAUGGACAAGACACGGGAAAAGCACCUCUUCUUAAGAGCCUGUGCCGCGAGCUCCACUUGCCAGAAGAAUACGGUGAUCCAACCAGGACGAUACCCAUCCCAUGCGAGUUAUAUCACUUCGGCACUGGUAAGAGUUGUGAGGUACAUGCAGUCUCGCGACUCUGGCGAAGCUGGAAAUUCGCGAUGGGAUUAUAUGUUCCUCUUCAACUGGUCGCACGAAUCCGUCAGCCGAGCCUUGAUUCUCUAGUCCAAGCUCUGAAAGGCGCUGCUCGGUCCUCGUCCUUUUUGGCAGCGUUUGUCGCAAUGUUCUACUAUUCUGUGUGCCUUGCACGGACAAGAUUGGGCCCAAGAAUGUUUCCAUACAAGAUCGUAACACCGCAAAUGUGGGAUUCCGGGCUCUGUGUUCUGGCAGGCUGCGUUGCAUGUGGAUGGUCCAUACUGCUGGAGAAGCCGAGUCGAAGACAGGAGAUAGCUUUCUUCGUGGCGCCCAGAGCAUUGGCCACUAUGCUGCCUCGCGUGUAUGACAAGCAGUAUCAGCGAAGAGAACAAGCAAUCUUUGCAACCAGUGUUGCACUGGUACUGACAACACUUAAGGUCGGCAAUCCGCGUCAUGUCAGAGGGGUGCUUGGACGGCUUUUGGGCCAUAUCAUGAGAGAGUAAUUGGCCGUAUCUCCCUGGUUUCCGGUCGGUUGUGAGUGGGAUUGCGUGACAGUGUUAAUCUCAUAUAGGGUACACGAAUCAUCUUAAUUUUGAAACUAGAAUGCUACGACCUCAGUGUCUCUUACAGGUGCUUGAGUUGGGUAAGAUUAUUCAGUUUAGCAUGUUGUCUUAUGUAAUCAAGGCUUGAGCCCCGUGCGAACAUAGCUUG